UUUAACCAAAUACUAUCCACUGAGACAUAUAUAGCAACUAAGGUCUUGGGAAGCUUUUAUUUGGCUAAAAUUACUUUCAGGCGACAGUUGGAAAAGAGGGGAAAAAGGUCGAGUUUGAAUAUAAACAUGAACACUCAGGCACUUGUAUCUAUACUUUUGGUGUUUUUUGUGCUCAUUGAGGAAGGUCGGGUUCAUGGUGGAGAGGACCGCGUUUACGGCAGAGAACAACCUGCUCACGACGUUGAAGCUAAAGCACAUAGAAGAAUGGUCUUCAAAAAGGGCGAUCAUUUAUUUAACAACAUCGCAAAAGCCUUCACAAAAAUGAUCCGAGACAUAUUCACCGAAACGAAGAUUCAUAGGUUCUGCACAACCCGUGCAGGAGUUCAGUUCAUUGUUGAAGAUACUACUGAUAAAAACAAAGAUGUAACUAAUCUAUUCCCAGUUAUGGCGGACUCCUUCCGGGAAUACGCGACUGACAAACUACUUACAACGGAUCGUGACAGUCUGUCUGUUUAUGGACAAGAACACAAUGGACCCGAUGAAAAUGCUAUUAAAUGGAGUGCAAACAUCAAGGACGUCAGAAGAAAUGUCUUUGCUUUAAUUGACAACUUCGUUCAGGUUGGAAUAGAAGGUCAGCCACGGCCAAGAGAAUCACUGGCGCUCAUAAAUAACCUCCAAAAAAGAAUUGAUGAAAUCAUCAAUAAACAGGAAUAUGUCGACAAAGAUGCGAUGAAAAUUUUUAUAAAGAAACAACAGAACAUGCCGUUGGUCCUUCAAGUAGAAAAGCGUUCUGAGGCUGUACUGAGAGAUCUACCAGGCAAGGCCAACCGAUGGGCUGUGGAAGCGAAAAAUUUCAUUAUAAAGAAGUUCAGUGGUAAGAAGUAGCUUUCAAGAGCUGAGCAAAAUAAUCCAAAGCAGAUACAUGUUUGUUUUGAGUUGAAUAAUAUUUAUGAUUGUGAAUACGCAAUUGUAUUGCACGUAGGAAUGAAAACAAUGAUAACAAACAGUGGCGGAUCCAGGGGGGUCGAAGGGGUCCACGGAACCCCCCUUGAAGGUUUGAUCUUUUAGGUAGUAGAAAUAUGUCUUAUAUAAAUUUUAAUAAAAAAAUAUUAGCAGUUUUGCGUUGGGUCGUGUUAAUAUAGCUUGGUCCGUUACUAGAUAGUAAAUUAGGUGAUUAAAGCCAAUGAUGAAGACUGGUUAAGUUAUCGUACUGCCAGAAACCGCGUUACUAUGAAAAUCAAGAAAGCAAAAAAUACGUACAACAGGAAACUCGUGGAAGAUAACAGUAAUGAUCCGAAAGCCUUCUGGAAGACGAUAAAGAAGAUUCUCCCGGGUAAAGGAAAAGUCAAGGUUUCAAGUAUCAAUAUCGCUGGUGAGAAUUGUGCUGACAGCAAGAAGAUAGCAAACGCCUUCAAUAAGUUUUUCACAGGCUCAGUUGAACGUCUUAGGAAGGCAUUUGGAAUUUGUGAAGCCACCGUUACUUCUGCUCUAAGUAAGUUGGUUAAAGAUCGAAACACAGGGACGCCGCCCUUUAAAUUUGAGGCUGUCUCACAGGAAUUUAUUCUAACUAAUCUCAAGAAGUUGAAGACAAAAAAGUCAAGUGGAUUGGACAACAUAUCCCCGCGGCUUCUGGUUGACUCAGCCGAGAUUGUUGCUAAACCACUUACCAAGAUCAUCAAUGCAUCUCUUACUUCUGGGCUCAUUCCUGAUGAGUGGAAAUGUGCUAAGGUAACACCUCUUUUUAAAAAAGGGAAAAGAAAUGAAAUGGAUAACUAUCGUCCCAUUUCAGUGCUGCCUGUAGCUUCAAAGCUUUUAGAGAAGGCUGUUCAUUUUCAGCUAUAUCACUUUCUCAGCAAGCACCAACUACUAAGCCCAUACCAAUGUGGCUUUCGGAAACAUCACUCUGCCGAAUCAGCUGCAAUAUCUUUUACAGAUUCAAUUAGGCGGGGCAUGGACCAGGGACUCUUAACUGGGGCUGUUUUUAUCGAUUUACGAAAGGCGUUCGAUACAGUGGACCACGCAACCCUAGCAACGAAGCUGGAAACCUUUGGUAUUGCUGAUAUUGAACUUAAGUGGUUCCUGGAGUACUUGAGUAAUCGCAAGCAAGUUGUUGCUGUGGAAGAUGAACUGUCUGAUCUGUGUGGUAUAUCUUCUGGAGUUCCUCGAGGUUCCAUUCUUGGACCUUUACUGUUUGUACUUUUGAUGAAUGAUUCAUCUGCUCGUCUGAAUCUAUGCAGUUUGCUGAUGUAUGCGGAUGAUACCGUGUUAUUCUAUUCAAGCAAGGAUGUGCAUGAAAUUGAAACAGUCCUAACUAAAGAACUUGCAUUGGUGAGCUCCUGGCUGAUAAAUAACAGUCUAUUUCUUCACAAAGAUAAGACUGAGAGUGUUCUGUUUGGUACCGGAGCCAGGCUGUCUAAUGUAACCAGCUUUGAUGUGUCAAUAAAUGACCAUCUUAUCAAGCGUAAAUCACAGUACACCUAUCUUGGUGUUGUCUUGGACGAGACAUUGUCUUUUAAUGAA